CACAACCACAACCCACCGCCUGCAGUGCACCGAAGGAAGCAAAUCGAAACUCCUCAAUGAGUUCACCUUCAGAUAAAUAGUUUGUCCCCCUUUCUCUCAACUCUUAUUUUAACCAACUGGUGUCCCGACAAAAUGAAUGGCUCUCUGCACUCCUCACCCGACGUGGUGGACAUUAAGCUGAAGCGAGGACCCGCAGGCUUGGGAUUCAAUAUAGUUGGAGGCGUGGACCAGCAGUAUGUGAUGAAUGACAGUGGCAUAUAUGUGUCCAAAAUUAAAGAUGAUGGAGCUGCAGCUGUGGACGGAAGACUCCAAGAGGGGGACAAGAUCCUGGCGAUCAACGGAGUCAAGCUCGAGGAUCUGACACACAGAGCUACGGUGGACCUGUUCAGGACAGCAGGCGAGGAUGUGGAGCUCCGUGUAAUGAAAAAGUUACCCCAUCACAUGAACGGACCCACAGGCUCACAACCCGAGCACAAAUCCUCCAUGUCUUCUCUGGGAAUACUGCUCGCUCUAGCGGGAGCCGCCUCCAUCUUCGCAUUCAUUUACAUGCGGCACUUCAGAAAGCAAUUUUAACGAAACCGACGUUGUCUGUAUAUUAUUUUUAAGAUCCAAAACUUUGCAAAAGGCCAAAGAAAAGAAAGAGGGAACAAACUCUGAGCAGUAGACGAUAUUUUUUUGAUUAGUAGCUGUUUGGUGUCACUGAUGAGUUUCUCCAUGUUCAUGUGUAUGAUGUGAUUAAUGGUAGCUUCUUGACAUCUUUUCCUAUGCAAACAGAUGCUCUCUUACCACAGAGAUUACUUUGAAUAGAUAACUUUGUGAUUGUAAAGAGUAGAAGGAGGAUGUGACAUUCCUGCUGCUGGGCUGAGCUGGGCUGAGCUCAGGCAGAGACAAACACCUGCUCGUACACAGAAGUUGUAUGCAGAAUACUAUUAAAUCCUCGGGUCAGGUCAGACUGGCUCGAGCAUCAGGGUCCACUUACAAACUGAAAGACAGUGUUGUGUUCAGUCGCUCGUUGGCCUCUGUACCUCCAUCUCUGAAUGGCAGAUCUGUGUGAGGGCCGACGUGAGAGGAACUCACUGUGUUUUCAGUUUGUCAGUGUUUAAAAAUUAAUGGGUUUGAUUUUCAUUUUGCGCUGUUGCACAGAAUCAUGGGAGGAGUGGCAUCCUGCAGUUAAUGUGAUAAAUUGUGUCUGGUAAUGGACUUCAGAGUGCCUUUUUCUGCCUAUUCUAAGUAAUGGUGGUGUUUGCUGCUCCUGAUCUUGAUCAAAAUGAAAAUCAACCCACAGCGUCCAUUAAUACAUUAGAUUAAAGGAUGGUGAUAAUCUCUGUUUUCUCAAUGUCAACAAAUUCCAUAAUAAGCACCAAACCACAGUGGUUUAGCCCGUCUCUUAAUACUUUCUGACUUCCUCACUCCAUCUGUUGCGCUCAGCCUCAAGUACAUUUGUUCCAAACGUAAAUCUUUAAGAAUACGUCAUGAACAUAGAUGCGUUUUUGGACCGGAGGGACUUUUUACAGUCCUAAGAAUCCUCCUUUUUGUUGUGUCUGCACCGCAUGAACAAACUGGUCUCACUCCGAGAAUGUCAAAAUAUGCUGCUUAGGCAUCUAUGUAAGACGCACUGGGCCUUCCACCAACACCUCAGAGCAACAGACGUAGUUUAAAGAGCAAAAAAGUCCGCUCAGGUUUGGUGGGAGGGGAGGUGGACGGAUCCAAAAAUUGCCAGACACUGACCCAGGACACUGGCGUUCGAGACCAACACACAACAUCAGUUUCAGCGUCUGUGCAACUCAAAGCUGGGUGGUUUUUAGCGACACACUGCCUUUCUGGCCACGUUUGAGCCACUGCACUGGGUGUUUUUUGGCAGCAUCUGUGACCUUUUCCACACCAUAACCAAGUAGUUUUGUAGCCUUAACCUAAUUGCAAACCCCUACUGCGUCAAGAUACAACGGAAAAGGCUGUCUCUUGUGUCAUCUUAGUCACACCCAGAGCUCCUGCCCAAGUGCCAAAGUAUGAUCAGUAGGGAUGAGAUCCCGUUGGCAAGAACCAGGAAUGAUCGUAGUUCUUAGAACGCAAUUUUGAGGGACUUUUGUAGCACCUAUACUCUUCCAGCACAAGAGGAACCUUGAUUGGUCGAAAGCAGCCAAUGCAAUAUUGGCAAACGCCAUUUUUAAAAAAUCAUUAGCCGAGUAAGACGGCGCAAAACUAUAACUAAAAACAAAAAAAAUAUAACGUGCUUUUGACUCAAUGUGAACGUGAAGUUGCUGCAUCAGCUGCUAGCUAGAUUACAUUACAUCACUUUAGCGUUACUAUUGGUGGUGCGAAUGUGAACAGAAAAAAAGCCUUUGAAUGUAUGUUUGUUUGAAGGAGCUCCUCAGUGGGUAGUUAGAAUCAUUUUCAAAAAUGGCUUGGUUGAUUCCUUAAACAGGUGGGCACUGUAGGUUUUAGCUAACGUUACUCAAACAGGAGAAAGUGGUGAAUUUGUUGGGGACUAUUUUUAGCUGCGGAUGAAUACACAAUUGGUGCACUAGUGAGUGUUUACAGCAGCAGAAAGGUGUUUAUGUGACUGACUUCGAAUACACUACUAUGUACAUAUCCAUCAUAUUAAAGGAUCCGGUCCAACAGUGCAGCUCAUUGAUGUGUUUUUAAUAGUUUUUGGACGAUGAUGGAGCGCUAUGGCACAGAGCAAGAAGAUGUAUCAGACUGUUGUUGGUUUUGGUCUUCCAAUGGGGUUUGUUGACAAUGUGAAAAAUACAUAUUAUAACCAGAUUUAUCCUUUAAAGCAAAAUACACUUGUUCAAAGUAUCGCCAAGUAGUUUCACUUUGAAGAGUUUAUUAUGAAGUGUCACACGGUCACUCAGGGUGAGCCAUCAGAUCUCUAUCUAAGAAACAAAUCAUGCCGCAAACAUAUAUCACGUCGUGAGCGGUUCAUUUUUUUAACACUCAGUUACAGACACUCUAAGAGACACUGCCAUCUUUGUGUCAUGUGUCACCGCCAUUUCAGACAUUCUCCUAAUUUUGCAUGGAGGCCAGUGCUUAUAAUCACACCGCACCUUCUGCUAAGUGACUGAUGAAAAUGGGAGUAGGUUGUGACGGAGGACAUUUGUGUGAAGGAUCAACAGCUUAAUACUGAAAAGCAGCUUGAGCCAGCUCUAUGUAAAGGAGAGGGUUUCUUUUUUUCUUUUUUGUUAAGAAAUGAGUUGCUGUCAUCAAUGUAAAAUGUUUUUUUGCACUAGCCACAAUCAUGGAACUUCUUCAGUAACUUCCAUAGAACAGAUGAAUAAGUGAAUUGUGUGUGCUGGGUGUAUUUGUCCACAUUUAUCAGUCUGCAGUGCAUCUGUCAUGCAGUUAUCUCUGACCGUAUGUGGCUGUCGUCGUCUGUAAAUACAUUUCAUGUUGCUCUGCUGAGUGGGAUUGUGAAUAUGUGCAGUUUGCCAGAAAAAAACACAGAUCAGAAGCACUAAUAAAUUAUGCAAAAUACUUUGUGUUUUACAUCCAAGCACCUACUGUAUUAAAAUUCAUGUUGAAUUCA